UCCUUGGGUGAAAUUCCCAAGUUGGCAUUGUUUUAACCUUUUUACUUAACAUUCUGCUUAGUACCAGUAAACCCCAUACCACCUCCGCCUCGCCACAUUAAGAUAUUAGCUUCUAUUUUGGGAUGACGUAUUAAAGUCGGUCCGCUCCAGCCAGUGACUCCGAACCUGACCACAUCUCCUGUUACUGCAGCAUUUGUUGUUCCAGUCCGCGUGGCAGCGGAUCGCAGAUUCAGCCACACCAUAAAACAGCAAUAAGUCGGUCUGAGGCAAAAGUGAACAUCAUGGCUUUUCCCUCUUGUCCCCUAUAGACAUUUGAUUACGCACAAGUAGGUGAUCAGUUCAGGUUUACGCAGAGCAGAAGGAAGGAGAGCGCUCUGGCCGCACAGGUUAAACAUUCCUACUUUAAGAAAACUAUUAAAUUGCAUUGUUUAUGUGCUACCUGGGCACUCUAAAUAUUUAUUUAAAAUGAAAUCAAAGGAAACUGUAAUGGUAUUGAAUGUUUAUUAAUUACUAUUUAAAAAAUGAAAGUGAUGGGGAAAAAGGUCGAUCUAUGACAGCUGCAGGCGCGUUCCAGUGGAACCACGGCUCACUGGUGCACAAGUGAGCACAUCUGGGCUGGGCAGCUAUUUCGUGGCCACGAAUAAGUAUUUUGUGGGCACAAUUUAUUUAUGUUUAGGACCAUGUCAUCAGAGGGGCUCCGUACAUAAGACAGGACAGCACGUCAUGUAAACUAAGCAUUAAUGAAAAAUAAGAUAAUCUGUUACUGAUCAGCAGUUGCUCAGGUUUUGUAUGAACUGUAAACCUGGUUUUCCUGCAGCUUCUCAUCCAGUCUUUUGCUCCUUUAUUUAGAUGGAACAUCCAACAUUUACAAAGGCCAAGAAUGGGACCCUGAUCCUCAAGGCCUCAGAUGAGGCAAAGGCCGUGGGACCCCAGAGGCAGGGGUACAGGGCCAAGCAGCCAGAGGAGGUGGAGGCGGAGGCAAGGGCCCACGUCGCCAGUGAGGGUGGUGACGUCAACAACGCCACCCUCGUGCUGAGCCGGUGGAAGGUCCAGUUUGGGACGUACCAGGGCAAGACUUUCCACUGGCUCCUGCAGAACGACGUGGGCUACGCCGUGACGGUGGUGGUGGCUUCUCACCAGAAGGAGCAAGAGAGAACUGGCUCUCAGUCCCCUCUGAUGGCCAACAAGGUGGGAUCUCUCAGCUCCCCUCCUCUGUGCAUAACAGAGUUUGAUCAUUCUAACCUUUACUUUGUGAACACACAGGACGCCUUCACCCGUUACUCCUUGGCAUGCCUGGAAUUUGCUGAGGCAGUCCGGUUCCGGCAGGCGUUUGAGGAGGCGCGGGUGAAGUCCCUCCAGCCUGGUCAGGAGGGACUGGCCCUUGUUGGCUUUGGGGACUUUAAGUUUGAGAGCCUGCAGAGCCAAAACGAUCCGGUUUGUCAACUACCUAAGGAGGACGACGCCAGCUCCAGGCUCACAGAUGGAGAACGCCGUCCGCUACGUGAAGAAGAGGGACAGACAGAGGGAGGGCGCUACUGCUGCUGCUGGUGCUGCCACCACCUCCACCCCAGUGGCUGCAUCCUCCUCCAGCUGCAGCAGAGUGUCUGUCUCUCCUUCCUACCAGGGGCCGAAGGCUGCUUCUCAGUAUGUUUUCUGUCUAUUUAAUCUCUGAUGGUUUACAACACUUUAAAAUAACAUUCUGUUAAACUAACACUUUGUCACCUUUCAGAUUUGAAGCCUUUGUGUCUGGGCGGCGUUCUGUGUCUGCAGUGGAAAUGCAGGCAAAACUGAAAAAGAUGGUGGCCCCUAAGUCUGUUUAAUGAUCUCUUUUGUAUUCUUUUACUCAAGCCUCCUUCAGACCAGCUCGUCCACCCACAGCAUCUGGGGAGCCCAGUGAUGAAGAGCUGGUCCAGGCGGUAGCUGACCAAGGGCAACAUGAACUGGGAGUGUCACUUCUGGAGUACAGGCACCUCUCCUGCUCCCUCCUCCUCCUCCUUCCCCGCCGCCUCCUGUGGCUACAAACAAACCAUCUGCGGGACGGGAGGAACCGACAGAUGAGGAACUCCUGGAGACCGCACAAGAAACUCCAGAUCUCCCUGCUGCAGUCCUCCCUCCCCCACCUCCUGCUGCCAGCUCUAAGUUGCUGCCGGAGUCCUGGCAGGCAGCUCUGAGUGGAUCGGCCGGUUGCUGUUCACCAGGGACCGUGCUGGGAGGCCGCGGCUCAUCACAGAGCUCAGUCCCUGGUGGUACCCUCCCCAGCCCCGGGCGGUCUACAGUCAGCCUCCCGCCUCUCCCGACCCCUUCUUUGCAUGUCGGCUCUUCCUGUGGAUGCCUCACAGGAUGUGGCACCUGCAGCUGACAUGCCCCCAGCCUUUGUGCAGCGGCAUCCUGAUAAAGGCUGGGCUCUACAGGACCAUCCGGAGGGUCCCGGACAUCAACGACUGGUAUAUCAUGGCCACUGAGUACCUGGAGUGCCGUCGAUGUAAGAAGAAGGUCGGAGGGUGGUCGUAGGGCAUCGUAAGGCAGCUGCCCCCCACCUACAGCUGCCAGUUUCCAGCUGUCCUCUCGUACAAGUAUGAGAGAAGUGAAACUGUGUGCUCGUGCGGGUGUGAGUAUAAUGUGGUAAUGUUUGUUUUGUUCACGCAGGCUGUCCUGUGACCAGAGGGUGGUUG